GUGUCAUAUGAUUAUCUCUACGUGACACAUCGGGAGAGUGAAAAUUUGAUAAACUGUUACUGUCCGACAACAAUUUGCCGAUAAAUUUACCGUCAGGCUACUUACUUAUGCGGCAGUAAGCCGAGAGGCAGUGUGCAAAGUUCUAACAUCCAAAUACGGUAUAAAAGGAACAAAAAAUGUCUUUUUUCGGUGUACCUGUGAAUCCAUUUUCGACGCCAGUUGGUCAGAGAAUAGAACAAGCUACAGAUGGAAGCCUGCCAAGUGAGAAUUGGGCACUUAAUAUGGAAAUAUGCGAUAUCAUUAACGAAACUGAAGACGGACCUCGGGAUGCAGUUAAAGCUAUUCGACGGCGAUUGAAUCAAGCAGCUGGAAAGAACUAUACCAUCGUUAUGUACACUCUCACUGUUCUUGAAACAUGUGUGAAAAACUGCGGCAAGUGUUUUCAUGCGCUCGCUUGCUCACGAGAGUUUGUACUGGAGCUGGUUAAAUUAAUUGGUCCAAAAAAUGAACCGCCUACAGCAGUACAAGAAAAAGUAUUGAGCCUCAUUCAAGCGUGGGCUGAAACCUUUCGUCAUCAACCUCAUACUCAAGGAGUUGUGCAAGUUUAUCAAGAGCUUAAACAAAAAGGAAUUGAAUUUCCUAUGACUGAUCUUGAUGCUAUGGCGCCAAUAAUUACUCCCCAAAGGAAAGUGACUUAUCAGAGUGUACCGGAAAGUGAGCAGAUCACGGCAUUGGCAGUCCCACCGGUAGGUGAACAACCUCCCAUGCCGCUGGCAGUCCAAGGGAGCAAUGUGCCUGCUCAACUUACAGAACCACAGCUGGCCAAGUUACAGAGUGAGUUGGAUGUUGUUCAGGGUAAUAUGCGCGUUCUUGCUGAGAUGCUAACGCAUCUAACCAAUCCGAAUCAAACGGCUAAUCAGCAACCAGAUCCAGCUGACUUGGAACUCCUUACGGAGCUACAUUCCACCUGCAAAGCGAUGCAAGAACGAGUUGUAGAAUUAAUUGGUAAGCUCGCCCAUGAUGAAAUGACUGCUGAAUUGCUUCGUGUGAAUGACGAACUUAACAACUUGUUUCUGCGUUACACCCGAUACACGAAAAAUAAGGCAACACCUCCUAGUACUAUAUUGGCACAGACCAUUGGCCAACCACCAAAUAAUGCACGUGUUAAUGCCGCUCCUGUGUUGAGCAAACGUGAAGCUGAAUCACUAAUCGACUUAUCAGACGGAACAGACAGCUUGGGAAAAGAAUUAGCAAGCAUCAGUGUAGUGGAUGGCGCUCCGAGAGCAAGUGAUUCGCGAAAAGAGAAGCCUAAGGAAAAAGAGGGUGACAAUGACGAAUUUGACAUGUUUGCCCAAUCACGUACUGCUACUUACGAAACAACGAAAAAUAGUGGUAGCAGAUACGAGGAUAAUGCUGAACAGCCGGUGAGUGGGGGAAGUCUAAGCUCAGCCAUUCUUAAUCGAAAUAACCCUAAUCAACCGCCGCAGAACACAACAACCGCUGCUCCUGCAACUGUUCUAAACCAAGAAUCUGAAUUCAACGAGAUGGCUGCUUGGUUGGAUCGUACGCCCGGUGCCCAAGGUGACCAAGAAUCAUUAACAUCAUUUGAGUUUGAAAGAUUCCUAGCUGAGAGAGCAGCUGCAGCCGAAGCGCUACCCACCAUACCUCCUACGACUACCGCGACGACUACUAAUACAAAUGCUCAGCGCCAAAUUAAUAAAGAUCAAGACAAGUCCUUAUUUGCUCUCUAGGCAAGUAUGAGGGACUAUUCAGCCCAGUGAGAGACUGCUUCACGCUUUUACGUACUUACGUUAAAAUAACGAUUUGAUCCACUAACUAUACGUUAUGUUAUCUGUUUUAAUCUGAAAUUGUUGAUGAUUAAACACAUGACUAUGAAAAAGGGUCGAUUAUUUGCAAGCACUGCAUAGUAAGACAAGCCGAUUUAAAGAAAUAUAUAUGGUUACAUUAAUAUUGUUUUAAAUAUAAAUUACAUUAUAUAUUACAUACAUGUGCAGGGUUUUUUUUUUUGAAAUUGCAAAUGUGGAGUACGAGAUACUUCACAUGUGUUGCCUCAAGGAAAGUACCCUAUAUAUCUGUAAAAAUAAUAUAGAUACAUAUAUAUGUUACAUGAAGUAUAAAAAUUAAUCUAUUGAGGAAUCAUACUUACAUAACUCAACUGUAAAGUAUAAAUGAUUCACAGCUUCUGAUUUCGAUUUCUCAACGUAACCCUGAGAGAGAGUUUCCGCUUACAUAGAAUGUCACUUACAAGCCUUCCAUGUAAUUACAAAACUUUAGAUUUCAUUUAUCACUGUAAAAAUCGUUGCUUUUUUCUCAGUUGAACAAAACAUUUUAGUUCUAACCGCAAUAGUUGUAAACGGUAAUUAUUUAUAAAAUAUAAACCUAUUGUUUUUUGUUUCAUCAUUUUGUUGAAGACUUUUUCAUUCCAAAUUUCUGUCGAGCCUUACCAGUUGUUUCAAAGCAGCUAGAUUUAUUCGGCAAUAUUACAUAAAUUUUAUUGUCAAAUGAUUUUCAAACAGUAUUGUAAGUUAAUUUGUAUCCUGUAAAGUUUUGACCUGAGGCUAGCGCGCAUUUGAAAUAUACCGCAUAUUUACAUCUCAUUUGCGUAUACAGACGUACGUAUUUAGAGUUUUAUAAAAUAUAGAUCCAAAUAUAAGGUAUCGUACAUGUUCAGUAAUAUUAUAAAGAUUGAUAGAAAUUAUUAGAGCCAGUUCUAUAUAGAGCAAAGUUUGAAUAAUACAAACGUACGGUGUACUUGCACACUGCAUGUUGUCAAUUCAAAUAGUUUACAACUAAAGAAAAUGCCUUCAAAUUUAAAAAAUUUACGAAUGCCAUAUAUCUGGAUUGUUUGGAUACUAUUUAAAUGCAGCGAUAGUGACAAUUACUUCGAUACUUUAUACUUGCUAGUAAGUACUGGUAUGUAUAGAACUGAACAUGGAAUUUAAAAUACAAGAAAAAGUUAGAGACGAUUGAAAAUCUAAGCUGUAAUGACACACAAGUGUGAGAAAAAGGUCAUAGGGGGAUAAGCUAAAAUUGCCUUUUAUGAAUAUCUUGACGAUAAGUAGUUAUUAUUACAGGUACAUACAUACAUUAUAUAAAAAUAAGAGUAUAACUGGCAACUAUUGAAGUUCGAACAAAUCGGUCAAGUCAACCCUGAAAGAAAAUCAAUUUCAUGUAUUUUAUUAAUUUUUUUUCAUUCUUAUAAUCCAAUUGAGAUUGAAGUCUGAAACUUGCAAAAUCUUAGUAUUUUAAUAGUACUUCCAUAUCCAUAAAAUAUUAAGAUAUUUGUCAAAGGUAUUUUUAGCUUGCUUGUCCCCAGAUGGACUAGCAGGCUUAUGAUCAGAAAAUCAUAUUAUGAAGAAAUCUAAAAGUUGUUGAGCUAAUCGAAAUUUGAAUUUUUUAAGGCGUGGAAAUUUAAUUCUAGUAUAUUAUUUUUUAGAGUAUUUUUAUAUUCAAGCAAUUGAUGUUGCGCUUUCUUCGAAUUUUAUCUUCUCUAAUGUGGAGACAAAUUUUACGUUUCGGUCAAAAUUAGUUGAAUAUAGGUACGUAUAUUAUAUUUCGAAAUCGAAAUUUCAAUUGUUGUUUAGUUAUUGAUGAGUUGAUAAGUUUGCAAAUGCCCAUACCCGCAAGCGUGUCAACUUGGCCUGGAAUCAGGAAUUUGAGAAUUAAGCUCUGGAUCACAGAUGCAAAUACAAUAUGAUUGGAUAUUAUAAAUCUUCUCAAUAUCUGUUAUGAGUGGACAUAGUUUAGCCAUAAUAAAAAUGGACAGUUAUCCGUGAGUGUAUGUUGUGCAUGCUUUCCGGCACUAUAAAAAGAGAGAAAAAGCAUAAAUCUCUUUGAGAUAAAUUGGUUGGAUGAUGUAUUGACCACACGAGGACACAUCCUUUGAAUCACUGGCUCAUCAAAGUAUAGUUUUAUUAGAUUCCUCCAAAUUCUACCAAGGGUGUUGUUGAGAUAUAUUAUGCUCUCAUGAUGUUUCUGUAAUUAAAACAAAAAAACCGAAAGUGAAAUAAGCUAUACCAACGACUAGGAAGAGAAAGAGAGAGAAAAAUGUAUGGAUAAACUAUGAAAGCUUCGUAACUUAAAUUGGGAGGGUCCAUACUUAAAUUUCUGCAUCUAUAAAUUUUUCGAGAUGGAGUGCUAGGAUAUUGUUGAAUAUGAUUUGAUGAUUUAUUUGUAUUAUUUACCUGAUUGCUACGUUACGAAAAUGUAUCUGAACGAUUUGUAAUAAUGAAAUAUUUAAUAAUUAUAAAUAUUCACAUGCU